UCAUAGUUUCUGUUGUUGUCAUGGGAGACUGAAGACAACGAAGAUUUGGAUGCCAAUGAAACUUCCAGGCAGCCAGAUAGGAAACUUUAACCUCAACCAACUCACUCGAACACGAACACGAUGCGCUACUCAUCCCCAGUCCCACUCCAACCAGUACAAGACCAGCAGUACAAGGACAACGAUCAGACAGAAGACAGACGAGACGAAGAUCAGGAUGAGGAAGAUGAACGACUGGACGAACUGGACGAGCUCGACAAACUCCACACGACCUCCAACUCAUUCCUACCGCUCUCUCGCCAGCCAGCCUCGCCCUCAGCCCAAUAUGACCCCAAGCACUCAGACUAUCAGGACUAUCGAUCAACCAAAGAACCCCUCAGCCUCCAUCCAAUCCAGCUCGAAGGCGGCCAGGAGGAAGCCUUAAUAACACCGCAGCCACAUCGCACUCACUCCUUACAGUACAAACCACCUGCACACACCAAACGGGUCCUCUUCUUUGGCACCUCUGCCUUGAUCGGACUGGCCUACAUGAUCGUCUUCUUCGCCACCCAAGGCACCCGCUACGGCCAUUCGCUCAAGAUCAAUGUGAUCCUCAUGAUCUCAGAUGGGUUCGGACCGGCCUCUGAAGGCUUCGCCCGGGGCUUCGUCCAACAUCUGCAGAACCUCACCCUCGAACAACAGGCCCAAUACGCCCGUUGGACGUUCCCCGAAACUAAGACUUCCUUUCAACCCCCUCUCAAACGACCCGACGGGCCUUCCAAAAAUCGGUUUGGGCCUCUGCCCUUGGAUCCUCUCCUCGUUGGCAGUUCUAGAACAAGAAGUAGUAAUUCCUUGAUAACCGAUUCGGCUGCUGGAGCUACCGCAUUUUCAUGUGCUUUGAAAACAUAUAAUGGUGCGAUUGCUGUUGAACCUGUGGACCAGAAACCCUGUGGGACGGUUCUGGAAGCUGCCAAACAUCGAGGUUAUUUGACUGGAUUGGUGGCCACGUCGCGAAUCACGCAUGCGACGCCAGCCUCAUUCUAUGCACACGUGAUAGACCGGGAUAUGGAGAGCCAGAUAGCGACGUUUCUGACGGGCGAAGGGCCUCUAGGACGCAGCGUCGACCUAGCCUUCGGAGGCGGCCGCCGAUUCUUCCUGCCCAGCUCGAGCCUCACCUCGUCUCGGGGAGACGAUAACGAUCUCCUGGAGACCGCCCAAUCUAAGCAUGGCUUCACGAUCAUCAACUCGACCGAGGCCUUCGAGAAGGCCUGGAACCCUAGCUCCCGUAAGGGACACUUCAAGACCCCCGUGCUCGGACUCUUUAACGAUAAUCACAUGAACUAUGAGAUCGAUCGGAUCAGCUUGGAAGGGACUGACAAGCGAGAACCUUCGCUUAGGAAUAUGUCUUUGGCCGCACUACAGACCCUGUCAAGGGAAGCCAAGGACAAGUCCGCCCAUGGUUUUUUCUUAAUGAUCGAAGGAUCUCGGAUUGACAUGGCUGCACAUUCAAACGAUCCGGUAGGCCAUCUGUACGAUAUUUUGGCCUAUCAGGAAACCGUUAGGACAGUUCAAAGCUGGGUUGAUGAGGCGAACAAAGCCGGCUGGCCAACGUUAAUGAUCUCAGUGUCGGACCACGAAACGGGUGGACUAGCGUUAGGUCGCCAGUUGACGGAGAAGUAUCCGGUGUAUGCAUGGUAUCCGGAAGUCUUGGCCAACGCGAGCCACUCGACCGCCUGGCUGGCAAAGAAGAUCUCGCUCUCUCACCAGCCCUCUCAGCCGAUCUCCCGGCAAUUCAUCGUCGACGAAGUCCUCAAGGACGGUCUGGGAAUCAUCGACGCCUCGGAUGAGGAGAUCGACAAAUUGGUCUCCUUGGGUGGCCGCCAGAACGUAGAUUAUCUCUUGGCUGAUAUGAUUUCCCGGAGAGCUCAAGUCGGGUGGUCUACUCAUGGUCAUUCGGGUGUCGACGUAAAUCUAUACAGUUAUCCCCCCGAUCUCACCAAAGAACUCUUCGGGAAUCGUGAAAAUACUGAGAUCGGACAGUUCAUUGUGGAUGCAAUGGAAAUCGAUCUUGAUAUUGUUACUCGUGACCUGAAUCGGUUGGCUAAGUCUUGGCAUGUCACUGAUGAGAAGCAUAAUCCCAACUUUCAAAAUAUCCAAUUAAAGCAUUAUUCACAUGAGUUUUGAGUCCAUCUCGUUAUUUAUUUAGACAGAUUAAUAAACCAUGUUUUUUUUUUCUCUCUGAGUUUGCAUAAUUAUCUGUUUCUCUCAGUAUUUUCCCUCAGUCCAGCAUACAAGCACUCGUUGAAUUUGUCUGUUUGUAUUCCUUUCGAUAUCUUAGAAUCAAUCUUUUUUUUUCCAUGUAUCUGUAAAUCCUUCAUCUGGACUUUUUUCUUUCUUCCUCCUCUAGUUAUCUUUCAAGACCUCCCUUUAUUUUGUUACAUACGCAGCAAUAAUUUUAUCUCACUCUUCUUCUCUGUUUCGCUUCUUGUCAGUACUUUCUUCUCGUUUGCUGUCUUUGCUACCAGUAAUCAACUCUUGGUCUUUGAAGAUUCAA